AUGUACGCGCACUCAACAACACGGUCUACGCGCAACUCUUCGACUCCAUACUGUAUCAACACCUGGCUCUUCAAUGAGUACGGCAUGGAUCCGUUUCCCCACAACGAGGUCAUGAGCGGUCCGCUGCGGCAUCCGCUUCCGGUGAAGGUCCCUGCAAGCAGGUCGCCCUUAUGGUUAACUCAUAUGCGAUACUUCGCCUCAGUCGGGUUUCCGGAUGUGCUGGAGCUGGGGCUCUGCGUCGUCAGCUUAGGAAAUUCAAGCCUUGUCUAUGAGGCCGGAGUGUUUAAGGACCAUGAUGAACAGGUCAAGAUACUCAAAGGGUCUCUGCUCCGCCCCUUUCUUUGGAAUGGGUGGUAUUUUGGGGGCAUCUUCACUAGUGCCCUCGAGCAGAGUGCUUCCAUAUGA